CUACGGGGCGGGUAAAACCCGCGCGGGUACAGGGGGGACGGGUCGACCCACUUUUACAUGUUGUUCAAAAAAAAUACAAGUAAAUUUUAAUUUUUACAAUAAAACGUAGGGAAAAACACUUUAAGAAUGAAAAAAUAUUGAUAAUAGAAUUGGUUGGCGUAUCCUUAGCGAACCUCACUCCCUGCUUACCCAAGUCUAUCAAGGUAAAUAUUUCCCUAAUGGACAUUUCCUAACUGCUAAAGCUCGGUCUAGACCAUCGUGGGGCUGGCAGAGUAUUCUGUUUGGUCGGUAGCUAUUAGAUAUGGGUUUACGAUGGCAGAUUGGGAAUGGGCGCUCGACAUCCAUGCUUCACUCUACCUGGGUCCCUGAGUUCCAGUUUGAGCCCCUUCGCUAUAAUCCUCAGGUUCUACGGGACGGUGGUGACCCUCUGGUGGAGGACCUAAUUUGUCAAGGGGAGGGGCGUUGGUGUGAUCAAAAACUUAAUCAAUGGUUUGAUCCUGCAAUGUGCCGUAUUAUAAAAGUCAUCCCUCUCCCGCGGGAAAAUGUGGAGGAUAGGCUCAUUUGGCAUGAUACAGCGGUUGGGGAGUUCUCGGUUAAAUCGGCAUACCAUCUGGCUGUCUCUUUGGAGAAAAGGAGGGACCGUUGGAAGGCGACGGUGGAUAGGAUGGAUAGGGCAAGUUGGAUACGGCUAUGAGAUGCCAACAUUUCGCCUAAGUUAAAGGUGUUUGUUUGGCAGAUUUUCAGUCGGAUCUUGCCUACCACUGAAGCACUCAUUAGUCGCCAUAUCCCGGUCCUCUCUCGGUGUCCGGUCUGUUGGGAAGGUCCUGAAACCAUGGAGCAUUUAUUUUUGGAUUGUCCGGUGGUGCGUGCCCUAUGGGGGGCUGCAGGAUUGGAACACCUUGAGGAGGGCUUGCCACGGCAUACAUUUCCUCUGUUCCUUAAGAAGCUGUUGGCUCUAGUUCAACAGCCAUUGUUGCGGUCCUAUGGUGGAUUUGGAAGUCCCGCAACUGGGUGGUGUUUGAGGGCAAAUAGUAUGGACUUCCGGAUCUGAUGCGGCAAUUUACACAGCAAUAUGAGGAAUGAGCGCGACUCCCAGUGGAGGACACUCAACUGGCCCCGGUGGUAGGGAACCAGGAUUCUGGUUCGGUGGGGUCUUUUGAGUUUGUCUGUGGGUGGGAUGGUGCCACGAGGAGGGGGCCGCAUUCAGCUGGUGGGCUAGUACUUAUGACCCCUUCUCGAGUCGUCCUAAGGGCCAUAGGGGUCCAAUUUCCUGUCCUGGAUGAUCCUACGGUGGUGGAGCUGCUUGCCUUACGUGAGGCGAUUCUCUGGUGUCUGGGGCAAGGCUUAGCCUUUGUUAGGUUUGAAGGGGAUGCUAAAUUGGUCAUUGACAAAAUCAGGCGCGCGGAUACAGGAGAUAGCAGGAUGGGUGUUGUACUGGAGGAAGUGGUGAACCAUUUUGACAGCAACCCUGGGUUCAGUGUUCGUUUCGUAGGUCGGCGUAACAAUAGGGUAGCCUAUUUGGUGGCUAGGAAAGCCCUCUCCGUGUACCCGACUAUGAGUCGUGCUUUUAAUUUUCAGGCCUGGCUGAUAUCCAGGAUGUAACUAUCUUUUUUUGGAAUCAAUAUAAGAUUAUCUUUUGUCAAAAAAAAUUUGAGUCUAACAAGUUGAAAGAUCGACUCUAACUAGUUGAAGAAAAGUCAAAAUAGGAGAAAUAUGUAUAGAUAUUGUAAGAAAUUGAGAUAAAAUGAGUCUAGAAAAGGACGGGUCGGAAGUAGAUACCCAUGCCUUGCCCCACGCUACUGCGGGUCGGGUAAUACCCGCCCCAUCACGGGUCAGGUCGGGUAAUACCCGCCGGGCGGGUUGAAAUUGCCAUCAAUAGUAAUCCUUCUUCUCUCCUCCCUCUACCACCGUUAUGAUUUUUUUAUUUCUGAUUUUUCAGAUUUGGCUUUUUAAAUUGCAGUUGUGGUUUUUAUACCAUUGCACUGAUAUUUGUACCACUGCACUUAAACUUAGAUAUGAUAUUUUGUACUAGUGCACUGGUAGCGUUACCAAUGCCAUAACUUUGUGCUCCAAAAUCCGAAUGUCGUGAAUUUUUUUUCUCCAUUUCGCCUAACUUUUUAAGUCUUACAACUUUUAUCAUAGAGAUAAUUUUGUAAUGUACGUGGAUUUGUGAAAAUAGAAGGUAAAGUUAUUCCCAAAACCCGAUAUAUCCAAAAAUAAUUUCUGUUUUGAAAAUCCAUUCCUAGUAAAAAUUAUAGUCCUUAAAAACUUAUGUGAAAUGAAAAAAAUUCAUGACAUUCGAAUUUUGGAGCCCAAAGUUAUAGCUGUUCAAAGUUAUUGGGGGGUUUUUAGCGUUAAAGGAGUAAAUUUUUGUCAAUGUGUAAUUAUUUCAACAAAAGAGUUGUAGUUUGGUGGUGUAAAUGUUGUGUUAAAUUUAGUUAACUAUUUAUUAUCUGAGUUUGAACCACCACCUCCACAACAUGUGGCUUUUUUUAAUCUCUACUAAAUAAAAAGAUUGAAUAUGGUAUGAUGGUGUUUCAAACCUAGGACCUGUUGCACACAAUAAAUAACUAAACUACUUGUGCCAAAACCACUUAUGACAUCUACGUUGGAAAAAAAUUAUAAACCGCCAGGUGGGGUGCAGUUUGCAACCAAACCGCCCCCAGUCCCAUGCAGUGAGCAAAACCGCCCUCUACCCGUGCGGUUUUCGUCAAAAAUCAUGCCUCCACCCAGCGUUUUUUGUGAUUGGGUUCUAUUUUUGUAUAAAAAAAAAUAUUAUUCCUGGGGAAAAUCUCUACUCUUGCUUAUGCCAAUUUCGAUGGCUUUCUCAAAAUGUACAUCAAUCUCGUGUCUCAGAUUGCUGUAAUCUGAUUCACCAGCUUUCGUAAUAUAGCGUAGUUGCAAAAUUUAGAAUAGUCCAGUUGUCUUGAUAUCCCCUUAGUUAGCAUUACAGAAGUAAUUGGGUGGUUUGGCAAACAUGUAAUUAAAAUAUAUGAGUAUAAAGAUAUAAAGUAUUU